AAUGAUGAUGAGGUUGUUGCGGACGCUCCUACAGCCAGCGGUAGCAGGAUAGAGGAGCGGUGGAGAGGAGACGGCACAGUGCAGUGACAGGGCGUUAUUUUUUUCAUGAUUAAAACACUAAACAAGAACGAAUAUACAUACAGAUCGAUAGAAGCACAUCUUAAAUAUCCAGUCCGUCAUGGAGUCCUAUGACAUUUUAGCUAACCAGCCGGUUGUGAUAGAUAAUGGUUCGGGGGUUAUCAAGGCUGGUUUUGCAGGUGACCAGAUCCCCAAAUACUGCUUCCCCAACUACGUGGGGCGUCCCAAACAUGUGCGCGUGAUGGCUGGAGCCCUGGAGGGAGACCUCUUCAUCGGACCUAAGGCGGAGGAGCACAGGGGCUUGUUGUCAGUGAGGUAUCCCAUGGAGCACGGCAUCGUGACUGACUGGAACGACAUGGAGAGGAUCUGGCAGUACGUUUAUUCCAAGGAGCAGCUGCAGACUUUCUCUGAGGAGCAUCCUGUACUGUUGACCGAGGCUCCCCUCAACCCCAGCAAGAACAGGGAGAAGGCUGCAGAGGUUUUCUUUGAGACCUUCAACGUUCCUGCUCUCUUCAUCUCCAUGCAGGCUGUGCUUAGCUUGUAUGCCACAGGCCGUACCACCGGUGUUGUGUUGGAUUCAGGGGACGGUGUUACCCACGUCGUACCCAUCUACGAGGGCUUUGCCAUCCCACACUCCAUCAUGCGUGUGGACAUCGCUGGCAGAGACGUCUCUCGGUACCUUCGUCUGCUGCUGCGCAAGGAAGGCUACAACUUCAACACGUCCGCAGAGUUCGAGGUUGUUCGGACCAUCAAAGAGAGGGCCUGUUAUCUAUCUCUCAACCCCCAAAAGGACGAGACUUUAGAAACAGAGAAGGCUCAGUAUGUACUGCCUGAUGGAAGCACUUUAAAUAUCGGUCCGGCCAGAUUCCGUGCUCCAGAGCUGCUCUUCAGACCCGACCUGAUCGGGGACGAAAGCUCGGGUAUCCACGAGGUCCUGGCCUAUGCUAUCCAGAAGUCUGACAUGGACCUGCGGCGCACACUGUUCUCCACCAUCGUAUUGUGUGGAGGAUCGACACUGAUCAAAGGUUUUGGAGAAAGACUAUUAACUGAAGUCAAGAAGCUCGCACCCAAAGACGUCAAGAUCAAGAUCUCUGCUCCACAGGAGAGGCUCUACUCCACAUGGAUUGGUGGCUCCAUCCUGGCGUCGUUGGACACCUUUAAAAAGAUGUGGGUGUCAAAGCGAGAAUAUGAAGAAGACAGAGCACGUGCCAUCCACAGGAAGACCUUCUAAAAGGGCCGACGCCCUGCAAACGCCCCCAGAACUGCCCUGAACCCCCAUCCCCCCAGUCACACUGUCGGAGCCUCCUGAUGUCCGGGUACCUCUGCUUCAUCCUUUAUCAGCCCAGCUGCUCCUAAACCACUGUCAGCCUACCACUUCACCGCCCCACCCCCUCGGAGAAACACACAUUUAUGUGUGGUCGUUUCCGUAUUUGCCUCCUCUUUCAUUCGCCUCCUUGUCCCCCUGUUCUUCCAGCGGUUGGGUGACGGUGCCAUCCCCGACCGCCCUCCCAACAUUCACACACAGAGGGCUGUCAGGGGAUCCCAGAGGGCAACGAUUAGCUCCGUGGACUCUACCACCGGCCCUGCUAUACUAUAACUUAGUCUACAUUGAAGUAUUGCUCUCUUGCCUACAAAGCCCUGCACGGUGUAGAAUAUUUUGAAAUGUCAAACGUGAAGGUUUUUUGUUUUGCUACUGUUGAAAUUUCCAUUCCAAACGGAACAUAUAGGUUUUCAGUUAGUCCAUUUUGUAGUUUGUUUUUUAAGGUUUCUGCCCUGGAUUAGCUCACACUGCUAGUAAGGUAAAGGUCACCGUGUAUUAUAUAUCUGGCCUGAACUGCACAGUUAUGCUCUUAAAUUGAAUGCGGUUAAUUCAUCAUCUGACUGACUGACCUGCAGUCACCUCUUGUUGUCCUCUUUCAUUAUUACCGUGAGAUGUUUCUGCAUAAACAGGACUUCACGUGUUUGUGUCAGCUUUUGUCUCAGCUGACGGGAUUAAAGCAAAGGACAGGAAA